AAGUACUUAUACGGGCAUGCAUACGGUGGCAUUCCUAUCUUGGCCUUGGACUAAGCUAAGAGAUGGCUGCCCAUCCCAAGCUUGCUGCCUUGUGCUGCCUCCUGGCCGUCGCCUCGCUCCCGCUGCUCGCCGUCGCCGACUGCGAGUGCGAGGCUUCCACCGGCGAAGAAGAUGACAAGUCGAGGGCGCUCACGCUCAAGAUCGUCGCCAUCUUCUGCAUCCUCGUCGCGAGCUCCGUCGGCUGCGCGAUCCCAUCUCUCGGCCGGAGGUUCCCGGCGCUCCGCCCGGACACCGACCUCUUCUUCGCCGUCAAGGCCUUCGCCGCGGGGGUCAUCCUGGCCACGGCCUUCGUGCACAUCCUCCCGGACGCCUUCGAAAAGCUCGGCUCGCCGUGCCUCGUCGACGGGCCGUGGCAGAAGUUCCCCUUCACGGGCCUCAUCGCCAUGCUGGCCGCCAUCGCCACGCUCGUCGUCGACACCAUCGCCACGGGCUACUUCCAGCGCGCCCAGGCCGCCAAGACCGCGGCGGUCGUCGUCGUCGGGGACGUGGAGACUUCAGGCGGCCACGCGCACGGUGGGCAUGGGCAUGGGCAUGGCCAUGGCCACACGCACGGCAUGUCGUCUGUGGUUGCCGCGGCGGCGACGACGUCCAACGGCGACGACAGCACGCAGCUCAUUCGCCAUCGCGUCAUCUCUCAGGUGCUGGAGCUGGGGAUCAUAGUGCACUCGGUCAUCAUCGGGAUGUCCGUAGGCGCAUCUGAGAGUCCCAGCACGAUCAGACCACUGGUGGCCGCGCUAACGUUUCACCAGUUCUUCGAAGGAUUAGGGCUUGGAGGGUGCAUUGUUCAGGCCAAAUUCCGUCUAAAACAAGUGCUGAUGAUGACGCUAUUCUUCUCAUUUACCACGCCGAUUGGAAUCGUGAUCGGCAUCGGGAUCUCCUCUGCUUACGACGAGAAUAGCCCUAAUGCACUGAUCAUCGAAGGAGUCCUCGACGCUGCGGCUGCGGGAAUCCUGAACUACAUGGCCCUCGUCGACCUUCUAGCCCAAGACUUCAUGAACCCUAGAGUGCAGAACAAUGGAAGGCUGCAGGUCAUCAUCAACAUCUCGCUGCUGGUUGGGACGGCGCUGAUGUCUAUGCUCGCUGUAUGGGCGUGAACACUCGAGUACUGUACAGUGUAUAGUACUUCAACUUUAAUUUUUUUUUUAAAAGAACGGUUUUAAUUUGGCCUUCCGGCCCGUUUGAUCUUGUUGUGAGAUCAUGACAUGACAGUUUUAUCAUCUGUUGCAUUUGUUAAUAGAAUGAUUUGUAUAUCCAUCCAUGUAAUAAAAGUGUCGAUUAUCCUCCUAAUAAACGACAAAACUAUGAACACUUCUGUUGAGGAUUACAAAACAUGAAUGAAAGGCAAAAGCCAACAGUUUC